GUUAGGGGAGGAGCCAGGUGUUAUGGGAGGAGAGCAGAGGAUGUCUUUAUCAGGAAAAAAAGAUACCAUUCCCAUAAACCAAAUCCAUCCGACGUGGAAGCAGUUCUCUCUUUCAGGAGGAAAAAAAGAACGCAUUUUGCAACAAAUAAUCUGACAGACGGAAAUAACAACAAGUCUGUGUCUAGGAAUGGCCUCUGCUAACCCUUCCUGGUCUGAAGAGAACUUUUCAUGUCCCAUCUGUCUGGAUUCAUUCAGCAGUCCAGUCACCACACCAUGUGGACACAACUUCUGCAGAACCUGUAUUACGGAGUUCUGGAAUGAACAAAUCAAGUACAUAUGUCCUCUUUGCAACAUGCUUUUCAACACAAGACCUGAUUUAUGGAUCAAUACCCUCUUAUCAGAGCUGACCGCUCAGUUUCGAACAUCCGUACGAGUAAAAGAGCAGCCUUUUGUUAAACCAGGAGAAGUUCCAUGUGACGUCUGUACUGGGACCCAGCUGAAAGCCGUGAAGUCCUGCCUCGUGUGUCUUAUCUCUUACUGCCAAACCCACCUGGAACCACAUCAGAGAGUCGCAGGCCUGAAGAAACAUCAGUUGGUCGAGCCUAUGGACGGUCUGGAAGACAGAAUGUGUAAGAAACACAAUCAACUACUGGAGCUCUUUUGCAUGAUUGAACAGGUGUGUGUGUGUCAGUUCUGCACAGCGACCACCCACAGGUUCCAUCCUGUUGUACCACUAAAAGAAGAAUAUGUAGUGAAAAAGGCCCAGCUGGGGAAGAUGGAGGCUGAAGUUCAUCAGAUGAUCCAGGAGAGAAAACAAAAGAUUAAGGAGAUUAAAGACACAGCUAAACGCAGCAAAGAAGACGCAGACAGUGCGAUAGCCGAUGGUGUGCAGGUCCUCACUGCACUGAAGCGCUGCAUUGAAAAGUGCCAGGAUGAUCUCAACCGGAUGGUUAAAGAGAGACUGAAAUCCACAGAGAAACAAGCUGAAGACUUCAUCAAAGAGCUGGAGCAGGAAAUAGAAGACCUGACCAAUAGAAGCUCAGAGGUGAAGCAGCUCUCACACACUAAAGACCACCUCCACUUCCUCAAAGCCUUCAAAUCCCUGAAGGAUCCUCCACACACCAGGGACUGGAUGACGGUGGAGAUCCGUCCUCCGUCUUAUGUAGGGACCUUGAGGAGAUCCCUGGAUCAGCUGGAGGAGACACUGAACAUGGAGAUGGAGAAGCUGUGUGAGGAUGCUGAACUGAAGAGAGUCCAGCAGUAUGAAGUAGAUGUGACUCUGGAUCCUGAUACAGCUCAUCCCUGUCUCACCCUCUCUGAGGAUGGGAAACAAGUACAUGAUGAAGAUGAAGAGAAGGAACUCCCAGACAACCCGAAGAGAUUUACACAGUGUGUAUGUGUUCUCACGAGGCAGAGCUUCUCCUCAGGGAGAUUUUACUUUGAGGUCCAGGUUAAAGACAAGACUAAAUGGUCUUUCGGAGUUGCCAGAGAGUCCAUCGACAGAAAAGAUCAGAUCAUAGAGACCCCUGAGACGGGUUUAUGGACACUUUACUACGACAAUGAUGGGUUGGUAUUCAAUGACGACCCUGAUGUCUGUCUCCCUCUGAGAGCUGAGCUCCAGAAGCUGGGGGUGUUUGUUGAUUAUGAUGAGGGUGUGGUCUCCUUCUACGAUGUAGAAGCCAGGGUUCAUAUCUACUCUGCUACUGGCUACACCUUCAGCGAGCCUCUCUAUCCAUUCCUCUGUCCGUGUGACAACCCUGCCCCCCUGAUCAUCUCACCUGUCAAUAUAAUAGACUAGGACCUUUGUUUCAUGAUAAAAUGAUCAAGCAACCAAAACAAAUAAUGUGGUUUCCUAAAUAAGAAUCUCUACUAUCUUAGAAAAAUGUAUUUCUAUUAUAAUGUACUGUUCAUUUGACAAGGAGAAUUCUAUUAAGAGACUAACAUUAAACAAAGUUAAUGUAACUCAUUAUUAAAUAACUUACUGUGGUUCAAUGUCUGUUUUCUCCUGGAUGAGUAUGACGUUUAUUGAUGUAAAAUGGUUAAAGGUUGCAGUCAAGA